AAAAAAAGUGAGGGCAAUAUAUUAGUUUCAGUUCAUGGCGUCACCAUAUGAUCAUCUUAUGAGUGAGAAAAAGUCUGUUGGUUAGCGAUAAGCAGGCGCGAUCGAAAUAAAUCGAAAAAUGCAGGGAUUCGUAAAACGAGACGAUCUAUGAACAGGUACGCAUGCUCAAGACUUUAAAAAAAAAGCUAUAAAAGUACCCUGGAAAUCUGUACACAUUUCAGUGAGAAUGUGAAAUCUGCGUGGAAGUGUUCCUGAUAAAUAAUAAAUAUUUUUUUUUACAAAAAAAAAAAAAUAUAAAUUUAUUACACCAAAAAGGUGUUUAAAAAAAAAAAAAAUUGGUGAUGUCUUAAUAAUAUCGGUGAUAUUUUUAAUAAUCAUGUCGUCAAUCGAAGGGGCAAAACAUUUGAGAAUUUUCAUUGUUACUAUUGUCUAUCUUAGUCUCUUUUUAGAUAAUGUACUUCUAACAGUAGUUGUGCCCAUCAUUCCGGAUUAUCUGCACACACUCGAAGGUAAUUCAAGUAUUGUCAACUCUGAGGAUGAAAAUGGUCGUGUGGGAUUAUUGCUAAGCUCCAAAGCGUUCAUUCAGUUAAUUUUAAAUCCUGCUGUGGGAAUUUUUAUUGGUACCACAGGAUACGCUAAACCAUUGUUCUUUGGGAAUAUGUGCCUACUUAUUGCAGCAUUAUUAUUCGCCUUUGGACAAACGUACGAGGUGCUUUUCUUGGCAAGAAGCAUUCAAGGCAUAUCGUCAGCUUGCAUCGGAGUGUCAGGAAUGUCUUUGCUGGCAUCUCAAUAUCCAGAAGAAGACAAAAGAUCAAAGAUUAUGGGAUUUGUCCUUGGUAGUAUAGCUCUUGGUGUUCUUCUUGGUUAUCCAAUGGGCUCUAUACUUUACGAUCUUGAAGGAAAAAUGGCACCAUUUUUACUUGUCGCAAGUCUCAUUGUCAUUUCGAUAAGUCUUCAGAUCUUCACUUUAGAUUUCGAGUCUGAUAUCCAGAAAACAGAAAAUAAUUCAAGUUGGACACAUGUUUUAUCAGAUUCGCGAAUUCUUAUUAUUGCCGGUGCCAUUUGGUUCUCGACAUCACCAAUGGCAAUUUUGGAACCAUGUUUACCAAUUUGGUUAAGAAAUCACAUAAAAGCCAAGAAAUGGCAAUUGGGAACAGUUUUUAUUCCUGACAGUGUUGGUUAUUUAAUUGGGACAAAUUUUUUUGGAAUGAUCGCCUAUCACUAUGGCCGUUGUAAAAUUGCUGUUUUGGCAAUGAUUGUCGUUGGCAUUAGUGCUACUUUGGUACCAACGGCUACUACAAUGUCACAACUCAUUAUUCCUCAUUUAGGUAUGGGGUUAGGUAUUGGAGUAGCAGACGCUGCUUUGGUCCCUUUAUUAGCCAGCCUGGUUGAUCAAAGUGGCAAUUAUGGUCUAGUUUACUCUAUCCAACAAGCAGCAGUCAGCCUGGCUUACUCACUGGGGCCUAUUAUUGGAGGUGAAUUGGUACGAUCAAUUGGAUUUCAAUGGGUCAUGAGAAUUGUGGGACUUGCGAAUUUAGCUUAUUGUCCAUUAUUGAUAUACAUUGCUCUAGAACAAAAGAAACUUAUCACUCAACAUGAGAAAAAGGACUACAAUUCUAUUCAAAUGCCAGUGGCAAAAUAUCAACGUUUCUACGAUUCUGACGAUGGUCUUUGAAUUUUCCAAAAAAAAAUCCUUCCAACAAUUUAUAUUCAUAUAUUCAAUAUCAAUUUAAAACUCAACUUCAAACUCAAUUUUUCCUCUUUUUUCAAUUUACUUUUCUUUCUUAAAAAAAAUGUAAAAAAAAAAACAAAUUGUUCCUUUUAUAUGUAAUAUGUGUUUAAUAAAAAAAA